AUGUCUCCACAGGCACCUCCGACCCCCACGCCAACCACGCCACCCACGAGCGACCCCGCAGCCCUGGGGACCGCCUGGAAAGCGAUCACGGACAGCUUGCUGCUUAGAUCUCCACUUUCAGCCGCCGGGACUGCGCCUCUGUGCCGCCUGGAAGAGGAGGACGACGCCGCUCCGGGGCCCGCGGCCGCCAAGGAGCGCUUCCCGGGGCAGUCUGUGUAUCACAUCAAAUGGAUCCAGUGGAAGGAAGAGAACACACCCAUCAUCACCCAGAACGAGAACGGGCCCUGCCCUUUGCUGGCCAUCCUCAAUGUUUUGCUUCUCGCCUGGAAGGUGAAACUUCCACCAAUGAUGGAAAUCAUAACUGCUGAACAGCUGAUGGAAUACUUAGGCGAUUAUAUGCUUGAUGCGAAGCCAAAAGAAAUUUCAGAAAUUCAGCGUUUAAAUUACGAACAGAAUAUGAGUGAUGCUAUGGCGAUUCUGCACAAACUGCAAACAGGCCUGGAUGUGAACGUGAAGUUUACUGGCGUCCGGGUGUUUGAGUACACACCAGAAUGUGUAGUGUUUGACCUGCUCGACAUUCCUCUGUAUCACGGGUGGCUGGUGGAUCCUCAGACUGACGACAUUGUGAAGGCGGUGGGGAAUUGCAGCUACAACCAGCUGGUGGAGAAGAUCAUCUGCUGUAAGCAGUCGGACGAUAGCCAGCUGGCCAGUGAAGGCUUUGUAGCUGAGCAGUUUCUAAACAAUACAGCCACUCAACUGACAUACCAUGGAUUGUGUGAACUAACUUCAACCGUUCAGGAAGGAGAACUCUGUGUGUUCUUUCGGAAUAAUCAUUUUAGCACCAUGACCAAGUACAAGGGUCAGUUGUAUUUGUUGGUAACAGACCAAGGGUUUCUGACUGAAGAGAAGGUUGUUUGGGAAAGCCUGCAUAAUGUAGAUGGUGAUGGAAACUUCUGUGACUCAGAAUUUCAUCUGAGGCCUCCUUCAGAUCCUGAAACUGUAUACAAAGGACAACAGGAUCAGAUAGAUCAGGACUAUCUUAUGGCAUUAUCACUACAACAAGAACAGCAGAAUCAAGAGAUCAAUUGGGAAGAAAUCCCAGAAGGAAUCAGUGAUUUGGAGCUAGCAAAGAAACUCCAAGAAGAAGAAGACAGACGAGCUUCUCAGUUCUACCAGGAACAGGAACAAGCAGUGGCAGCAGCUGCUGUGUCUCCACAGGCCCAGCAGGACCAGCUGGCACAAGCCUCUCCAUCAGUUGGAAGACAAUCUGUGAUUAGUGACCGUAAACGCAAGGAACCUCGAGAAAAAGAAAAGGAAAAGGAAAAAAGCAGCUGCAUCAUUUUAUAACAAGUAUUGGGUUCUGAUGGAACCAACUACAGUGUGUGUCUUAGAAACAAAACCAUAAGAGGGAAGGAAGAACAACGACAAAUACCGUCUGUGCCUGAUUUCCCAAUGGAUUUUGUUCCUGUUUUUCAGGGGAAAGAAAAAGGAGGAAACAAACACUCAAAACCGGCAGAGCUGCUAUCAGAUAAGUAGAUGUUAAUGUAUAGUUAUGAGGAAAAA